AUCGAAUAUAAAGUAUCAGAUAUAAAUAAUUGUGAAAUAAUUUCCAAGCACAAUAAAAUAAAAUAUUUAUAAACAACAUAUGUGUAUAUAAAAAAAUAUAAAAAAAUUAAUAAAAUAUAAAAUAAAUAAAAAUAUUAAAUAGCGAAGUAAAUAUGUAAAUAAGAUGAUGGAUAUUCUCAUGUUGUGCAAUAAUGUACUAUACAAUAACCUCCUAGUGUAAUAAAUUUUGUGCUAUAGAUAAGAUACUUUAUAGAACUGGAAAUGCGAAAUAAAGUAUCGAUUAUAUUGACACAAUUAUGACAGUAUAUAAUAAGAUAUAAAUAACAACAAAAAUACUGUCAAGCAUUUCAUAAAAAUUGCGAAAAUAGUGAGAAUAUGCUGUGAAAUAUAUGAAAUAUGUACUGAUACUUUGCUGAAAUAUGAUUUUAUAUAACUUUUUCUAGUUUUCGUGGCUUGACAGAUUCCAUCGCAACUUGUGAAAUUCAUUAUAUGCUUAGCAAUUCAUGAAGAUGAUUAAGGAAUUAAAUAUAUCAUGAACUAUGUUAAAUAUAUUUUGAUUUGGCUGAAUUUUGUAAUACAGACACUUCUAGUCUCUUGAUUUUGAUAAAUUGCAAGAAACGUCAAAAUGGGAUCUGAACAAAGCUCUCAAAGUGGUAACCAAGGUACUAAUAGUGGAAGAGCGAGAACUAAUCAGCUUAGACGUGGCAAAAGUGUUCCAAAUCGCGAAAGAAUGCCAGAAGAUACCCCACCGAGAUGCACCAGUCCUGGCGCCAGUAUUUGUUCUGAUUCCGAUCUUCCAUAUAUUUCUUAUACAGUGAAUCGACCUAUCGGAGAUUCGCCAAAGAUGACUAACAAGCAGUCACAGCUUUACAGAGGAAAGAGUAUUGGAGCUGGAGAGAUUUCGAGGCGAAAAAAUAGUUUGGGCGCUAUAAAUCACAGACACACAAAGGCUAAUAUGUCGGAUAAUAAGAUUCAUAACAUUGUGGUAGUGAAGCCAGCUCAAGCAGAUCCUACAGCGGACAAGGAUCCUGAUUUAGUAAGAUUGCAGAGUAUUCCGAUGUUUCUGCCAAUUAUGCGCGGCACGUUGAACCUACCGCCGGGUGUGCGCGAUCCAGAAGUCCUGGAGAGACUUGAUCCUGUCGGCCUAUUCAACCUGUGCGCGCGUUAUCAACAUCAUCUUAAUACGAACGCGCAGACAAUAGCCGCGGAACAAGUCGCUCUGUGCACUAAUAUAGAAGCGGAAUUCGCUAAGACGUUGAAUUUUGCUAUCGAUCGGCAGAAGAAAUUCGCUAGAUUCGCCGAGCAGUUGAACAAGAUACAUGAACUCAGCCGCCAACUCACCAGAUGCCACUCGCUUCUUAAUCAAACUCUCGAGAGUUUAGAGACACUCAAUAAUCUGUUGCCGAUAGAAGAGAGACUUGAACCUUUUGUCUGGACCACAGGUUAAAACAAGAAUCUAAAUGUUGCAAUUGAAAAUCAUUAUUUGAUUACAUUUUUCUAGCAAAGAUCCUAUCAUAAUUCUCUAACUUGAAAAAAUUACAAGUUAUAUUAUAAGAAUUUUGACAUCCGAUCUCUA